AUCGCCGCCACCGCCGCCGUCGGCCAAUUGCGGGAUCGUCCCGCUUCGCGAGGACGUGUCUUGGAAGACCAGUACGUACCGGAACGUUCGCGUGUUCCUGAGUCGUGUUCUCGAAUUGCGAGUCGCGUUUCCGCGCGGCCGCUCACACGGCGUUCGUCCGUUCGUCGGUUCGUCGCUCGGUAGUUGCCAGUUCGGUUCGGCAUAGUCCACGCCACGAGCAGGCUCGAAUCGCGACACCCCUUCCCCUUUCCCCUCGCUCCGUCGAGGGUGCCGAGAUAAAGGGGAGACGGAGAUCAUCGUGUUUGGUGAUAUCAUGUAAUUCACACCGCGUUUAUAAAGUUCAACCGCGAUCCGAAGAAGGAGGAUUAUCGAUAUUCGUCUGGCACGAAUAAUCAACUCAUACAUCCAUACACACACACACACACACACACACACACGUACGGGCGUGUGUACAAGUCAAAGUGACAUAGUUUGGUACGCUCGCGAGCUAUUGUGCUUUGGUUAAUAGAAAUGUUGCCGCGUCGACUCAUCGCGAUGCACGGUGAGGACUCGUAGCGAGAACCGUCAUCGUGCUUCUCUGCCAUCGCCGUUCGUGAAUUGAAUGCUUAUAGUCCACGUUGUCCCGACGUGAUUCUCUCUCUCUCGGCGCGGCGACGCAUCCCGUCGGUCCGGCCAUUCUCGUCGCGCGAUCGCCCCGUGGCAGAAUCCCGUCUAUCAUCGCCUAUUCGCGAUCGCGAUACCUCGGCGCGCGCGGAGCGCCAGGCCACAGGUAACGGACGUCACGCGAGUAAGAUGAUCAACAUGGAAACGGACAAGAUUAUCGACGACGCGAACGCAAGUCUGCAGUAUCCAAUGACGACUGUACUUUACGAUCCCAGCUGUAAGAAGGAACCAUCUACGGGAGCAUCUACGCAAUACGGACAGGAGAAAGAAAUCUGUAUGAAACUGUUCGAAAGAUGGAGCGAAUCAGAACAAGUGCAGUUUGUCGAACAGCUGUUAGCACGAAUGUGUCAUUAUCAGCACGGACACAUCAACGCGUAUCUAAAACCGAUGCUGCAGAGAAACUUUAUUUCGCUUUUGCCGAAAAAAGGAUUGGACCACGUGGCAGAAAAUAUUCUGUCUUACCUUGACGCAAAAUCACUUGUUUCUACAGAAUUAGUAUGCAAGGAAUGGCAUAGGGUUAUUAGUGAAGGAAUGCUUUGGAAGAAGCUGAUUGAACGUAAAGUUCGAACAAAUUCAGUUUGGAGAGGUUUAGCUGAAAGGAGAGGAUGGAUACAGUAUCUUUUUAAACCGAAACCAGGCGAGGCCCAUCCCAAUCACAAUUUCUACAGAUCUCUUUACCCAAAAAUUGUCAAAGACAUCGAAAGCAUGGAGAACAACUGGAGAAUGGGUCGAUUCACUCUUCAAAGAAUCAACUGUCGUAGCGAGAAUUCUAAAGGCGUUUAUUGUCUGCAAUAUGACGAUCAGAAGAUAGUUUCCGGACUCCGAGACAACACGAUUAAGAUCUGGGACAGAAAUACUUUACAGUGUAUCAAGGUGUUGACAGGCCAUACGGGUUCUGUGCUUUGUUUACAGUACGAUGAUAAGGCUAUAAUAUCCGGUUCCUCGGACAGUACCGUCAGAGUUUGGGACGCUACUACAGGCGAGAUGGUUAACACGUUAAUUCAUCAUUGUGAGGCAGUACUGCAUCUCAGAUUUAACAAUGGCAUGAUGGUAACUUGCUCAAAGGAUCGUUCUAUAGCAGUCUGGGAUAUGACAUCGCAGACAGAAAUUGCGUUGAGAAGAGUAUUAGUAGGGCACAGAGCAGCAGUGAACGUAGUUGACUUUGAUGAGAAGUAUAUUGUUUCUGCCAGUGGUGAUAGGACUAUCAAAGUAUGGAACACCUCCAAUUGCGAAUUUGUGCGAACGUUGAACGGACAUAAACGCGGCAUAGCGUGUUUGCAAUAUAGAGAUCGCUUAGUAGUUAGUGGCAGUAGUGAUAAUACCAUACGACUGUGGGACAUCGAGUGCGGCGCUUGCUUACGUGUUUUAGAAGGACACGAAGAAUUAGUGAGAUGUAUUCGAUUUGAUAGUAAGCACAUCGUCAGCGGUGCUUAUGACGGAAAAAUCAAAGUUUGGGAUCUUGUAGCCGCUCUUGAUCCUCGUGCCGUUGCUAGUACUUUAUGUUUACGUACUUUAGUGGAGCACACCGGGCGUGUAUUUCGUCUUCAGUUUGACGAGUUUCAAAUAGUUUCAUCAUCUCACGAUGAUACAAUAUUAAUUUGGGAUUUUCUUAAUUACAAUCCGUCAAGCGGAAGUGUAUGCAGUGGACGCCUGCCGAUGGAUGGAGCGCCGAACCAAGCCGAUACUAGAUCUCCUUCCCCAUUUGAGUGACGCAUCAAUACGGAGAUUCCUUUAUUGUGAUAUAAUUACAAGUGGUUAGUGAGUGAAUCCAAUGUGUUCACGACAAUGUGCGCAAAUAAUAAAAUAUCCGAUGAUGAGUGUUUAAUGUAAACAACAGCAAUUAUACACAGAAAUAUCUGAAGGAAAAUUUGGUUGAUCAAUGACUUUGAUUUAUUGUUUGCUAGAACAGCAAAAAAUUCUUCAAGAAAUAGGAAAGUAAAAUGGACUGACUUAUGUGAAACUAUGAAUUAUAAUUUAUAUAUGCGCUUGACGCACCGCGUUUAGAAACGAACAGUGUAUUUAAAGCUGCAUAAAUACAUCCUAUGGAUGUAAAUGAUUGUCGUCUGCUUUGGCCAUAUCUGGAAUUCUUCUACGCUCUAUGACAUGAUAGAAGUCAAGACCAUUUUCCUACAAACUGAAAAAAAAAGAGACUUACAAUACGUAAUGUAGCGAAGCGAUUUUAGGGAGGCUGGAUAUUAUACUUAAUAAGACAUUAGAUGUAUUAUAGUAAAAGGAAUUAAUGAUUUUUUAUAUAAUUAAUUUAUGAGAUAAAAAAAUUGUAAAAUGUUGUUUGAUU